UAUAACCUACUUUGACCGAAGAGACUCCAAGUGUACGUGUACCACCAAAGUGUUUCCACUAAUUUUCGAUUCUGGAUUAAAGAUAGUGAGCUCAAUCAAUUUAGUAGCUUUUUAUCCAUGAUGGGGACCCAUAGGAAGAAAAUUUUGAUUUUCCACUGCAAUCAAAGCAACUGUCUGCUGAGAUUACCACAAUUGCAAGUGCUCUUUACAACCAUCAUUAAUGUCUGCUGAAAAUUUUAUGUUCAGCCAUGGUUUUCCUCUCUGUUAAUCUGGUGUUGUUUGAUUUUGUAAUAAAACACUUGUUUUAAGUAUAGUUAUUAUGAAUCUGUUUUGUGUAGCUGAAAUGGAGAAUGUAGGGAAGAAAAAUAAAAAGCUUCCUGUUAAGAAAUUGAAGAAAACAGUUCAAGUUCAACCAAAUGAAGUUUUGAUAGAUGAUGAGCUUGAUGAUGAUGAGGAAGCUAGUGACAAGAAUUAUGAGCCCGAACAACAUGAUAUGCGUAUGGUUAUUUCCGGGGGUCAAUUGAAGAAGAACAAAGCAAUUAUUAAGAAGAUGGAUGCUCCAGUUAGCAACGAGAAUGAAUCUGUUGCUGCAAGGAUCAUGAAAGUACGUUGCAGACCUCAUUCGUUGGAGUUACUCAUAAAGGACCUUACUCCAAAGCAGAUUGAUGCUGUAAAAGAGGUUGGAUUUGGUGGGAUUUUAGGUUUGAAGUUAACUGAGACAUGUAAGAUAAUGAUGCCAUGGUUAGUUGAAAGGUUUAAUGGUGCUAGUUUAAUGUUUAACAUUGGUGUUAAUAAAGAGUUUGUUGUUACUCGAUAUGAUGUGUAUGAUGUGUUUUGCUUGCCAAUGAAUGUGGGAAAUGAUGUGCCUGAGAUAGCUAUUGUUCGUGUGGGUGAAAACAUUGAUUCUCAAUUGAAAGAUGUAUGGAAGCAACAAUUUAAUGUUCAUGGUUAUGAUGGUAUUCCUCUUAAAAAGAUAGAGGCUAGGAUUCGAGAGUUAAUAGAUGGAGGUGAUGAAUUUAAAAAACUCUUUGUGAUGCAUGCCCUUUGUAGCUUUCUUACUCCCACCGCCAAUAGGACGGUUGAUUUGAAAUUAGCAAAAGCCUUGCAUGUCGUGAGUGAAAUUAGAAAUUAUGAUUGGUGCUCAUAUGUUUUGGGUCAACUUGGUAAACAUGUAUCUCAUUUUAAGGAUCAUGAGAAGCAAGAAAGUUUGUGUGGUUGCAUGUUGUUGUUAGAGAUUAUAUAUUUUCAUAGGUUAAAAUUCCAAGGGAAGAAGGAGAAUCCAACUACCUCUAAUACAACAUUGGACGGAUGAGAGGGUUAGGAAAAGAGUGAAAUUAGAGAAAAUGGCUAAUGAUUUUGGACAAGGGCUUUUGGAUGAAUCAACAUAUCCAGUGAGUGAGCGUUAUGAGCAUGUUCAUGGGGUUCUACCACAACCUAUUCUUCUUGAGGAGGAAGGAGAUAAAAUGAUUCAUCACCAUGUCAAAGCUACUUCUAGUACUGGAGGAAGGUUUAUUGAAGUUCAACUUCCGGAAGGGGCAAUGACUGAUGGAGAGAUUGUAUCUAGUGCAAGAAAUGCCAUCCAUGAGGCUUAUUUGUUUUUGAAGAGGGAUAUGGAGGUCAUUUCACAUGUGUACACGAAGCGAUUUCAGACUUUCCAGGAGCUUGCAACAGACCUUUGUUUUGGAGAUGCUUCUUUGUCAUCUGAUUCCCCUGAGAUAUCUCAAACACAAGAGUUUUUUUCAGAUCCAGAGGUGUUAAACAUGAUUGAUGGUAUUGUUGAAAAGUUUACAAAGAUGAGGUCAGCCACUGAACUUUUUCGUGCUUUUGGUGGACCAAGUGGAGGUGCUAAAAGAGUUGUAGACGAUGUUGGGCAUGAUAAUGAGGAAGGUUCGUAUGCCACUAGGAGUUGCAAAGCCUUUUGCUCUUUGGAUUGUGGAGAAUUAGGUGGUAGUAUCACUUAUGUUAGUUGCUUCAUGAAGUCUAAUGCUCGUUUGAUGACAAGCAUGUCUCGAUUGGCCUUGGAAGUUGUUGAUUACUCCAUGGUGGAUGAUUCUUCCAUGGAUUCUGGGGAGAGUCUUGUGACUUUUGGCUUGGUUCACAUCAUACCAAGAGAAGAUAUGCUAUCGUUGGAUUCUUGCAAACAAAUAUUUUCAAGCAUUGUUGAGUGUUACUCAUUAUUUCUAAACGAGUUAAAUAGGUUGGAAGGUGGAGGUGUUCGAAAAUUUUUCUUCGGUGUCCGGCAUAGCCUUUGUUUAUUAAAAUUGUUUGAUUAUCGAGAUUCGGAUAACAGCUCGUAUGCCAAUGACUUGCAAAAUUGUUGGGAAGAAUGGGUUACUUCACUCAAUAGCGGCUGUGAUAUUUUUGUUGCAAAUUUGAUAUAUGUUCCCGUUCUUUAUGAGGACCAUUAUAUUUUAUUUGUUAUCGAUCAUCUGAAGCAAAAAGUCCAGUAUCUUGACAAUAGAAUUUGGGGUGAAGAAAAAAUUGCAACUUUUCGAGAUCUUUCAUUUCAUGUGUGUGAUCAAAUGGGUGAUUUUCUUGCAAAAAGAAAUCAUCCAAAUGCAGAGUUAGUUCCACACUAUAAAUUUGAAGUUCAAGAAUUUGAUUGGAAAUCAAGUAAGAGUAAUAAUGAUUGUGGUGUUUUUCUGAUUCAUCACAUGCAAUUCUACGAGGGGACUAAGUUUGAUAAUGUGCAUUUGAUGAAGGCUUUGGGGAGGCGAUUUCUUCGAGCACAGAUUUGUGCCACUCUUGUGUUGUCGGAUAUGAAUGAAUCAAGGAAUGAUACAUUGUCUAAGUUGGAUGAUUUUAACAAAAAUAGAGACGUGUUGGCUGCUGAGGUAAGAUCUAGAAAGAAGGCUAUUGUUGUUGCUCAGAAGGAGAGGAUGAAUCAAGAGAAGGAAAAAGCACAGAAGAUGGUUGGUUUGGAGAAGGGAAGUGGGACAAAAGUAAAAAGGAUUAUCAAGAAAAGGAGAUUGAGUUAGAUUGCUUAUGAUUAUGAGUAAACUUUUUUGUAAUUAGGAGUAAAGUGGGUAGUUUUUUGUUCAUAUUUUGUUGAAAAGUAAUCUUUAGAACUUGAACUUUUGGACUAUGGACAAUGUUGUAGGAUUUUAAUCUCUAGUUUUCACUUCUGAUAGAAGUUUUAUGUAUAUAGUCUCUAACUCUCUGCAAGGUUUGUUACUAGUGGCUUGACUGGUGGCUAAUUGGAGAAAAUAUUGUUUGGUGUUAAUUGCACUUUCCCUAUGUGUAUCUAGAUAAUUGCUUUUUUUCUUGGUUUGACCUCCCACUUCGGUGAUCUUGCCAAUUGGAUAAUUGCUUUUUUUCUUCUUUUCAUGGGUAAGAGAUGGACUUUCGAUAUUGAAACAAGUUAAUGAUCAAGUUUGUAUUGAAUGUCUCCCAAGAAUUAUUUUUUAUUUGAUAAAGAUGAAAGGAGAUAGUCAAUGUAACGUGUGUUAUUAUUUACUUGUUAUGUACAUAUAAAAUCGUUAGUUGCUCAAAUUAUCUUAUUAGUUACCCUUAUCAAUGUAUAAGUUAUCCAUAUAAUACUUUACUUCUUGUAUUUUAAUUACUUGUAAUGUAUAUAUAAAAUUGUUAGUUGCUCAA